AUGGAACUAACCGAUGGUAUACACUAUAUAUUUGAACUUCUUAAUCAUGGGAUUGUUCGUUUUGGUCAUGAGCGAGUUUGUGAUGAAGAGGAGUUCGACGAGUGGACUAAAGAUAGAGACGAUGGUGAUGCUGUGGAGGAGCAAGUACCAUUAAUCAAGGGGUUGGAAAGGGUUGAUGUUGAUCAUGAAGAUGGUAAUAAUGGUGAGCUCUUAGAAAGGGAGUGUGGUAUAUGUCUACAAAGUCUAAAGGUCGAUAAUAAUGUUGCUAGGGCUAAUGAUGUUGGUGCUAUAAUAAAGUCUCUUGUGAAGUUGCCUAGCGGACAUGUGUUUCAUGAGACUUGUGUGCUUAGAUGGCUCUAUACAAAUCAUGUUUGUCCAUUUUGUCGACUUGAGCUGUCUCAACAUGACGGUAGUGAUGAUUCUGAUGACGAUAGUGAUGAUGAUCCUGAUGUCAUUAGUGAUUGA